AUGCCGCCCGCGCGCCGCCGCCGCCGCCGCGCCGCCGAGGCGGAAGACGAGGCUGAGGCCGUGCCGUCCUCCGCCGCCGACCUCCUCGCCCUCGCCGCCACCCUCGUCCCCGAUGCCGCCGCCGCCGCCGCCGCCGCCGCGUCGCUUAGGGACCCUCCCCACCUCAAGCACGUCGUCCACUCCCUCCCUGGCUCCCACCCCGCCCUCCUCUCCCUCCCGGAGGCCCUAGCGUCGCCGCUCUCCGGCGGCGGCGGAUCCGGACCCGGGUGUCCACCGGCCCCGCGCGCCGCCGCCGUGCUCCUCCACCUCCUCCUAACCCACCCGUCCCACCCGCCGCGCUGGGACGACCUCCUCCCCGCGCUCGCGCUCCUCCACGACCGCCUCGCGCAGCUCGCCACCGACGACCCGCCCCUCGCCGCGCUGGCGGUCGCGUGCUUCGAGCUCGCGUGGCGGGCCGCCGCGCCGGGGCGAGAGGCACUCGUCGCGCAGACCCUGCCCUACCUCUUCGCCGAGGCUCUCACGUGCGGCGGCCCCAGCGCGAGGCCCGUCCUCCGCCGCCUCUUCGCGCUCCGCGACGCGCUGCCGCUGCUCGACUACGACGACGACAGCAUCUCCGAUUUCAAGAUGCUCCUGCUGCGCUGCUUCGUGUCGCCGCUCUUCCUCAAGGCCGAAGAAGGCAGGAAGCUCCUGGCGCUCGUGCUCGGCGUCAGCGAGGUGCUCGCCAGGGAGGGGCUGGAGCUUAUCAGAGCGCAGGUGGGGAUGACGGGAGUGAGGCGGGCGGCGCUGGUGGUCUACGGGGAGGUCGUCUUCAGGGCGUGGAAGGACGGUGGGUGGGUGAGGGGGGAAGUUGGGGAGGCGUUCCUCCAGGGGAUGCUGGAGGGGGCCGUGCACGCCAGGAGCAAGGAGCUUGCCAAGGCAGCCAGAAAGCUUCUGUGUGCGUUCGUGGACAAGAGAACGGUAGCUGGUGUUGAAAAAAUAGUCUUUCAGCUUGCCGAGCCUGUGCUCUUCCGGUCAUUGCAGGUUGCGAACUCCAAUGUACGGCAUAAUACUUUGCAUCUUCUACUAGAUUUGUUCCCCCUUGAAGACCCGGAUGUGACAAAGGAUGUCAAUGAUCCUCUACUAGAGAAGCAAUACUUCUUGCUAGACAAACUUCUCAUGGAUGAUUGUCCAGAAAUACGAACAGUCGCAGUUGAAGGACUCUGUCGUAUUCUGAACCAGUUUUGGGAAGUUAUUCCUUCCCUAACUAUUUCAAAAUUUUUAAGUAAAAUAGUUGAUGACAUGUCAAAAGAUUCUUGCAAUGAGGUUCGGCUGUCAACUCUGAAUGGUCUGAUAUACUUGCUUGAAAAUCCACAAAGUCAUGAAAUACUGAAAGUUCUACUUCCAAGAUUAAGUGACAUGGUCUCUGAUCCUACUUUAUCGGUCAGAUCUGCUGCAGUAGAUCUUCUUUUAGCUAUCCGUGAUAUUCGAUCUUUCCAGUAUAAUAAGGUUGUUGGAUUGGGUACUUUGCUAUCUUCACUCUCAGAUGACCACCCUCGUGUUGCACAGAAAAUCACAAAGCUUCUCAUCCCUUCUUAUUUUCCAACAAAAUUGUCUUUGCAAGAUGCAUGUGCUCGCUGCAUUGCACUGAUAAAGAGGUCGCCCACAGCUGGGGCAAGGUUUUGUGAAUUUGCUUUGUCUGAAGGUUCUCCUCCAAGAUUUCUUGUUGAACUGAUCAAAGUCUGUAUUACUCUGGCACUGUCACCGACAGGAAUGAACUCGGAACAGACUGAUGGGCUUGUAAUUGCUUCAGCGAAUCUAAUUAAAAGCUUGUCUGAUGAUCAAUCUAGUUUAGCUUCCUUAAGAGAAUUCUUUACAAAGGCAAAGUUGAAGCUACUCUUAAAAACUGUAGUUUCUGAGGGAGCCCAGUCUGCACUCCUUAGUAUGGCUCCAGUUGUAUCACCUGAUGAUUUAUCUGCUUUGCAUGACGAAUGUAUGAAUAUAAUCAUGAAUGCUGUUGGGAUUUCCAAGCAGGAAGGUUGUCAAGAAGCAGUUCUAGCAGCACAUAAGUUGGUUUUCUCAAGUGGCUGGUCUGACGAAAUGUUUGAAGCGUUGACAAAUAUGCUGCAAUCUAAAGCAUCUUGUUUUGCUGAGAUAUAUGGAAUUGAACUUCCUAUGCAUCCUGUUGCAUCUUUGAAGAGGAAGAAAGGAAAAUCACUUAAGAAAACACCAGCAAAGUCUGGUAAUGAUAUUGGAAAAGGGUCAUGCAAUUCAUUCACAUUGGAUAUUGAAGACUUUGGUGUUGUUGCAGGGGCAUCAUGGCAGAUUAAUGACAUACUAAAAGAUGAAGAAAAGAGAGUUGCCUUUCUACAAUCUUCUUAUUCAGAUGUUGCAUUUUCAUCCCUGAAGGUCAUUUCUCAAGUGUACAUUGAGCAGUGCCUGCACUUUGAUUCUUUUGACGCCGCACCUCUUUUGGCUUAUUUGAGUUUGGCUGCACAUGGUGCUCUUCAGGAGGUUGACCAAACUGAUAAUAGCUUCUCUGAGUCAGUAACUGUCAAUCACUCACUGGAUCAUCUGCUGAAUUGUUUUGACAAACUUCUAAAUGAAUCUGUUACUGGUUCCACCAAUUCAUCAAAGUUAAAGCAGAAUAAGAAAUCUGCAAGACAGAAACACCAUCGUCGUGGAGUUCCUGAAGGGAAUGCAGUGAGAGGAAUAGUUAAUGUAUGCAUGCUUGGCACUGCAAUUCUCAAGUUUAUUGUUGACACGACAACGAUCAAGCUGAUCAGUGAUAAUAAAGUAGGAUGUCUUAAUUUUGCAUCGUCCUUCACGAAAUAUGCAUCAUCAGCCAUAAAAAUGCAUCAGGAGCAGAGCUCAUCUUUCAAAGGGGAUGAUCUGAAAGAAAUAUUGAUGCUUAUACGGAGUUCAUUCACAUAUGCAGCCAAGCUGCUUCACUUGGUUCUAGCAAACUCCACUGAGUCACAGAGUCCCCCAGAGGAAGCCUUCUUUCUUGCCAAUAAUCUUCUUGAUCUUGUUCCCUCAGUUGAUUCUGCUUCAGGCUCUAAAUUUGCCCUCAGUUUGAUUUCCAUUGUGAAGCAGUGGCUACCGGUUCUCAUAUUGGGUAUUGGAUGCCGCUGGUUAAUUGGACCGCAGGCUGAGGCUAACAUGCGUGACAUGGGUGAGUCUGACCUGCCACUAUGGAUGACUGUACUGGCCGAGAAUGAGCUGCUUGAUGCUGAAGAACCGAGACAGGAUGAUCAAACUGAGCAGGCAAGUAAGAACUCACAGCCGUCCAAAAAACUAGCAGAAAUGAUGGUAAUUCUUCUAAAGAAAGGAAGCCCAAGAAUUCUUGAUUCUGUGGCUGGCGUCUUCCUGUCCAACCUCAAGCUGGCGCUACAGAGAUCGGAGUACGGCGUUGUUUUGGGCCUGACACGCUUUGUCUGUGUCAGGUUGCUUGGGAGCGACUCGUCGGCCUCAGAGAAGCUGCACCUUGCUCAUGAUUCUCUCCGUGAAAAUUUCUUUGAGAUUGACAAGCAUGCCGGGGAUGAUCUAGUCGACGAGCAGUCGGGGCAACGACUGGAGAGUGCCAAAGCUUUGAUAAGAUCAAUUCUCUCUGACAUCUGAUGUAUAUACUACUGUAGUAUCAGAUGUGUUGACUGUUGAUGUGCGAAGUUAACAUCGCAGGUAUAUGGUACUACUGUUAACCAUAUCUAUUUCUCUGUAUAUAUAUGAAGUAAUAUUCAUGUUUGGAACAGUUACCGUCUACUGUUGAAUCAGUUUGCAUUUGGAGUGACUGUGCAACCUGAUCUAGGCAAAUCUAGAUGUAGCACAUCUAUGCGUUGCCAUUCUGUUUAGCCAGGAUCAAGUGUGAUACCAUACAUGUCGACAAUACAACACAAAGAAAGGGCCAAUUAUAUGGACUUCUGACCAUUUCCUUUAGCAUCUCUUCUUAGAACAGGUAUAGUAGCUUACUAUAAGCAUAUUUUAAGAUGAUAAAGAGGAGAGAAGAGCAACGGACUACAGAUUUAUAGUUAGCUGCAGCAUAAACUCUAAGACAUGUGUAUAUAGUAGGUGGAGUUAGAUAUUAAUUAUGUAGUAUAUGACUAUUGUAAGA